UGGCAGAGAGGGGUGGAGGACACUGAGUGGAGACCAGUGGAGGGAUUGGCAGAGAGGGGUGGAGGACACUGAGUGGAGACCAGUGGAGGGAUUGGCAGAGGGAUGGAGGACACGGAGUGGAGGCCAGUGGAGGGAUUGGCAGAGAGGGUGGAGGCCAGUGGAGGGAUUGGCAGAGAGGGGUGGAGGACACUGAGUGGAGGCCAGUGGAGGGAUUGGCAGAGAGGGGUGGAGGACACUGAGAGGAGGCCAGUGGAGGGAUUGGCAGAGAGGGGUGGAGGACACUGAGAGGAGGCCAGUGGAGGGAUUGGCAGAGAGGGGUGGAGGACACUGAGAGGAGGCCA